CUUGUCUCUGCGCUUCCUCUCCGCUGGGGGGAGGAGGUGGGAGGACGAGGACGCGAGGGCAGAGAAGAAUGGAAGACAACUGGUGUUCGCAGGGAAAGCUGCGUGUUUGCAAUAUUACAAAAUGCGUUGCGCCACAUAAGAAACUGGACGCCAGACUCUGCAAGGAAGCGUCAGAUUACAAAGUAAUUCACAUACUGAGCGAUCCCUUUAAGGAAGCUGGGGCUGAAGUAGAGCGGCAUGCAGGGAACCAAGCUGCUCUACACACUGACUCUGGUCUCUGGGAUGCUGGAGUGCCUGUGCUUUGCCGGAGCAGUGUUUGGUUAUGCCUCUCUGGUGUUUGUGCUGAAGGAGGACGGCUACUUCAGCCAGGGCUGUGUCAGCAUCCCAGGAACCAACAGCACCCUGAACAGCACAGAUUGUACUAAACAAGAUGUGAACUUCUCUCUGGUCUUCACUUUGGCUGCAUUCCUCAACAGCUUCUCGACUUCAGUGAACGGCUAUAUUUUUGAUCGAUUUGGCACCAUGGCAACUAGAUUGCUGGGAAUAUCUUUGUACACUAUUGGAACCCUCCUUGUGGCCUUUUCUAGUCCAGCUUAUUCAGAGCUGCUCUUUCCUGCUUUGUCCUGCAUCUCCGUGGGGGGGAUUCAGCUCCUUCUAACCAACAUGCAGGUGGGGAAUCUAUUUGCUGCUCACCGCUCGACCGUCAUCACUGUCUACAACGGCGCCUUUGACUCCUCUGCAGCUGUGUUCUUCAUCAUCAAGGUUUUGUUUGAGCAGGGAAUCUCUCUCUUCUCCUCUUUCAUUUUUAUGUCACUCUGCAGCAUCAUUCACCUCAUAAGGACCUUCCUGCUGUUGCCAAGAAGCCACAUCCCGUACCCUCUGACCCCGCGCUACACCUAUGGACUCAGUUGUGAAAAGGUCAGCAUCUGCAAUGUGAAGCAGUUUAUUAAGAGGAGGGGCCGUGAGAUGACAGCUCCACAGGAAUCCACCGCACCACCAGCACCUGAGGCAAAGGCAGAAAACCAAGAAGGUGCAGUGAAUAACAUGAGGAGCUUCCGGAGCUGUGUGCUGUCCAGGUUCUUCCUGUGCCAGCUGGUGUGGUUGGCUGUAAUGGAGCUGCGACACUACCUCUUCAUUGCCACACUAAACCCUACACUGAACCGACUGGCCAACAGUGACCAAGAGCUGGUGAGUCAGUACACCAACGCCUUCGCGCUGACCCAGCUGUGUGGAGUGCUGUGUGCGCCCUGGAACGGACUCAUCAUGGACAGACACAAGGGGAAGCCUCUGGCUCCUGGGGUGAGUGACCGUGAGGCGGACCUGCGCUCCUCCAUCCUCUCUCUGCUCCUGACGUCCCUCAUGUGCCUGAUGUUCUCUGUCUGCGCCUCCAUCCCUGUGCUCCCUCUGCAGUAUUUCACCUUUGUCCUGCAAGUCCUCAAUCGCUCUUUCCUCUAUGGUGGAAAUGCAGCCUUCAUUAGCAUUGCGUUUCCAACCUACCACUUUGGGAAGCUGUAUGGUCUGAUGAUUACCAUGUCUUCUAUCAUCUGUUUGGUGCAAUACCCCUACUUCGCCCUGGUCAAUGGACCUCUAAAGGGAGACCCUUUACUUGUGAACAUUGUGCUGAGUCUCUUCACUCUGCUGGUCUUUAUCCAUCCCAUCUACAUCUUCAUCCACUGCAGGAAACUUGCACGCACCAGGCUAGAGAGCUCCCAGUCUGAGGCCACUGGAGGUUCCAUACUGGCUGAAGCCAAGUUGUAAAAAAAUUAUAAAAAGGUUUCAGUCUUUGUUAAACUCUCCAUAAUUAUUUAAGUCAGCUGAAAUGUCUUUCCAUUUAAAACAGAUUAAAGUUGUAGAUCAAUCUGUGGGAUUUAGAAUGUUGUCACAGGUUUAAGUCUUCAGUCUUAAUGUACAAUAUUGAAAAUAAAACACUGAAUAAGAAGGUGUGUCCAUUAUUUGGACUGGUGGUGCAAAAGCUGAAUUGUUUAGUUUACACCUACAUUACAAAGCUCUGUUGUGUAACGUUAAUGUUGGUUAACGUUUUAAAAUUUGGAAAAUGAAGAUAGAUUAUGAUAAUUUAUCAUAGCUGUGAAUUAUGCACUUUUACUAUAUAUCAAAAACUCCAAAGGAAACACGUGGGAUGAAGGUAACAGUUUAGAAUAUUAAGAUGAAUUACAAAUGUAAGAUAUGACAUUUACUGCUCAUUUUUAUUUCUUCCUGUGGGGACAACUGCCAUCAGAAGUGUCAUGUUUAGAGAUUGUAUGACUCCAUGUGUCCUAUUCUUUUGACCACGAUGCAAGAUGGAGACUUACUUUAAUGUGGCUACAAUAAAAAUGGUAUUCAGGGGGAAAUUAAUGAAAACUACAUCUUUGCUGAUUGUUUGAGAUAAAUCUAGUAAUUUAUUAAUUCUCUCACUUUUUAUUAAUGUCUGUUUUAUUAAUGGCUGUAUUUAGACCAUAGUGCCAACUCAAUCACAACUUGAUGUUGCCAUACAUCCUACUCCUUCAGUCGGGAUAUUGAGAUAACCUCCAGAGGACAGCAAUGAGCUACACUCUGACCACACAAACAGAAACUAAGAAGCAGCUUGCAUAAGUUACACCAGAACCAAACCUCUUAACAGGCAUUUUUCACGGACAAACCUACAGUAGAUGACGAGUCCGAGGCAGCUGUGAGGGACACAUUAUGAUUAGGUCAAGAUGGCAUCACUGUGCAGUCCGUGCACAGGCCGGAGAUGUGUGGUUCAUCAGGAGAUUAUAGACUAAACAUUAUUUCAUGAAGAAUGAGGGACAGAGAUUAGGCGAGCUAAUCUGGAUUAGGAGCAGCACCACUUGGCGAUAACUACCGGACGGCGCUCAUGCUAUAGUAUACAGUAGUGUCACUUCAGCAUGAGGCACAUGGGACAGCAGACUUUUUAAAUAAACUUGAGUCCAGCAGAGACGCGUCUACGCAGCAGGCUGCACUGCUUGCCAAGGAACUGUGCAGCAAGCAACAACGCUCUGGAAAGGAAGCUGGGGCUGAAGUAGAGCGGCAUGCAGGGAACCAAGCUGCUCUACACACUGACUCUGGUCUCUGGGAUGCUGGAGUGCCUGUGCUUUGCCGGAGCAGUGUUUGGUUAUGCCUCUUUGGUGUUUGUGCUGAAGGAGGACGGCUACUUCAGCCGGGGCUGUGUCAGCACCAACAGCACCCUGAACAGCACAGAGUGCAGCGGACAGGAUGAGAGCUUUUCUCUGGUCUUCACCAUUGCCUCGUUUCUUAACAACUUUAUGAGUCUAUUCAACGGCUACCUCUUUGAUCGGUUUGGCACUCUGGUGACCAGGCUUCUGGGAAUAUCUUUGUACACGGGUGGAACUCUUCUUGUGGCCUUCUCUAGUGCAGCUUAUUCAGAGCUGCUCUUUCCUGCCUUGUCCUCCGUCUCUGUGGGGGGGAUUCUGCUCCUUCUAACUAACAUACAGGUGGGGAAUCUAUUUGCUGCUCACCGCUCGACCGUCAUCACUGUCUACAACGGCGCCUUUGACUCCUCUGCAGCUGUGUUCUUCAUCAUCAAGGUUCUGUAUGAACAGGGAAUCUCUCUCCAGUCCUCCUUUGUUUUUCUGUCAAUAUGUAGCGUCAUUCACAUCGUUAGGACCUUCCUGCUGAUGCCACGAAGACACAUCCCCUACCCACUUCCUCAACAAUUCACCUAUGGAGUGAGUUGUGGAAAGGCCAACACUUACAAUGUGGAGACUUUUGAGAAGAUGAGGGAUGGAGAGACGACCUGCUCACAGGACGUCAGUCGGAUAGACAACACACCACCAGUGCCUGAACAACCCAUAGAGACCCAAGAGAUGAGCUUCCAGAGCUGUGUGCUGUCCUGGUUCUUCUUGUGGCACCUGCUCUGGUUGUCCAUAAUGCAGCUGCGACACUACCUCUUCAUUGGCACACUGAACCCUACGCUCAACCGACUGGCCAACAGUGACCCAGACCAGGUGAGUCAGUACACCAACGCCUUCGCGCUGACCCAGCUGUGUGGAGUGCUGUGUGCGCCCUGGAACGGACUCAUCAUGGACAGACACAAGGGGAAGCCUCUGGCUCCUGGGGUGAGUGACCGUGAGGCGGACCUGCGCUCCUCCAUCCUCUCUCUGCUCCUGACGUCCCUCAUGUGCCUGAUGUUCUCUGUCUGCGCCUCCAUCCCUGUGCUCCCUCUGCAGUAUUUCACCUUUGUCCUGCAAGUCCUCAAUCGCUCUUUCCUCUAUGGUGGAAAUGCAGCCUUCAUUAGCAUUGCGUUUCCAGCCUGUCACUUUGGGAAGCUUUACGGCCUGGUGAUGUCUGUGUCUGCUGUCAUCUCUUUGCUGCAGUACCCCUGCUUUGCCCUGGUCAACGGACCCUUAGGGGGAGACCCCUUACUUGUGGACAUUGCACUGACUCUCCUCACUCUGCUGGUCUUUAUCCAUCCCAUCUACGUCUUCAUCUACUGCAGGAAACUUGAACGCACCAGGCUAGACAGCUCCCAGUGUGAGGCCACUGGAGGUUACAUACUGGCUGAAGCCAAGUUAUGAAAUGCUUUUAUCUGUUGCUGUUCAUUUUUAAAUGACCAAAUUUUGUAUCAUUCACCUAUUGUCUCGUUUUGUAAGUGCACUGGUAUUUCUAUUGUUUUUUGUAAAGCCUAAUAAAAUAUUAAAAUGUUA